GCACGGGAGACUUCCGCGCCGCGCACGAGACCCCACCCGCAGGUCCGCCUCCCUCCCCGAGCCCGACCAGCCACAAGUAAACGGAGACGAAAUCCAUCCACCCGCGGGACGGCAGGAGCAAGCAGACGACGGGAGGGAGAGAUCUCCGGGCUCCACGCAUCCACUACCACUCGUCCCGAUCCGGAUCCCGAUCCCGAUCCGAUCAGCUCUGAGAUCGCGAUGGCGGACGGCCGAUGCUGCACGUUCCUCGAGAUCCUCCUCGCCAUCAUCCUCCCGCCGCUCGGCGUCUUCCUCCGAUUCGGCUGCUGCAGGAUUGAGUUCUGCAUCUGCCUGCUGCUCACAAUCCUUGGCUAUAUCCCUGGAAUGAUCUACGCAAUCUAUGUCCUUGUUGCUCUCGACUCUGACCGGCAUGAGAGGGAAUACUAUACCCUUGCUUAGUGCAUCUGGUUGUGCCAGGCCUCAAUCUUUAGUUCUUUACGGCGCACAGUUGAGUUGAAUCAGUAUUUUCAUGUGGAUUGUCUGACAUGGUAUAACCGGCGAUGGGUAACCAAGUGUUCUGGUCCAGUGCUAUCUCUUUCUUACCCAACUUGUGACCUAUUUACUCUCUAUUUGGUCCAGUUAUUCAAUCUGUAAUUGUGAUACUAGAAGAGAAUAAGAUGUACCUGUAUUUCUGAGAGCAAUUGUGAUUUGUAAUUGGUGCUACCUUGUUUAUAUAUUGCAAUAUUCCCUAUUUGUUUACUGAUGUACUCCCUCCACUCCAAAUUCUAAGUCGUUUUGGCUUCUCUAGACAUAGUGUAUAGUGUAUAUCUAAAUGCAUAGGAAAUCUAUGUAUCUAGAAAACUGAGAACAUCAUAUAAUUUGGAUUGGAGUAAUGGUUUAUCAUUUUUUUUAUUUA